AUGCUCUACCCGUCGUCUUCGGACAGUCAGAUGUACAUGCAGGGUUGUUCUCUCCUCUCCAACUUUCUUUUCUUUGCGCUUCUCUUCAGCGCGCGCCUCCAUCUCUCCACCUCUCCUGCCCGCGCGCGCUCCAUCACUCUGACUCUCUCCUCGUUUCCGCUCGCGCGCACACACCGCGGGGCGAAGAUUGCGCGCGAGACACCGCCGAGGCGCGAGCCGGUCAGGCUGGGCGUGCGGGCGCGCGCACUCGCGGCCGGCGUGCUGGGGGUGGUUAUGGUGCUCGCGCUGGUGGUGCUGAUCCCGGUGAUGGUGCGCGCGGCCGCCGGCUCCGCCGCGGGAGCGCGCUACGAGGCGCUGGGCGCGUGCAGGAUGGUGUGCGAGCCGUACGCGCACGCGGGCAGCGAGCCGCCUGGGGGCACGGCGCUGCAGCCCCCGCCCACCACGCUGAUCCGCGGGGCGAGGGGUGAGCCCGGGCGCGCGGGGCGCACCGGACCCCGGGGAGAGCCGGGACCACCCGGGCCGCCGGGGCCACCGGGGAAAACCGGGGAACCAGGACCUCCGGGGCUGCCGGGACCACCGGGGGCGCGCGGGGUGACGGGCGUGAUCAGCGCGGCCACGUACAACACCGUGCCCAGAAUCGCCUUCUACGCGGGACUGAAGAAGCAGCACGAGGGCUACGAGGUGCUGAAGUUUGACGACGUGGUCACCAACCUGGGCAACCACUACGACCCGGCCACCGGCAAGUUCACCUGCUCCAUCCCCGGCAUCUACUUCUUCAUCUACCACGUGCUCAUGAGAGGCGGCGACGGCACGAGCAUGUGGGCUGACCUCUGCAAAAACAACCAGGUGCGGGCAAGCGCCAUCGCACAGGACGCAGACCAGAACUACGACUACGCCAGCAACAGCGUGGUGCUGCACCUAGAGCCCGGAGACGAGAUCUACAUCAAGCUGGACGGAGGCAAAGCUCACGGAGGAAACAGCAACAAAUACAGCACCUUCUCAGGGUUCAUGAUCUACGCUGACUAGAGUUCGCCCAGUUCUCCGGUACUCAUGAACUCGAGAGCUGUUUCCUGAGGCUUCAGCCUCGCCCAGAGACAAGACAGUCAGACGGGUCACAACGCAAAGCUUCACGGGCUCUACCAAACCAUCUCAUGAAGUGUGGAGUCCACGGCGACGGGAGAAGAUAAGGAUGAGCAGCAUGUGUUCCCAGAUUCCACCCGUCCAUCGGUUAGAGUUUAGACACAUCACUGUGACUUUCAGGCUAAACAAUCAACAAUCGUGUGCCGUUUUUUUGUGUGUCUGUUCCACCUGUAAAUAGAAAAAAAACUUAAAAUUGAAAAAGUGACUUUAAAGACUUAAUUUAAGAUGUUUUAAUGGCGGCGGGUGAUCGUGCUGCACUUCUGGUAAGCUUUAUUUUUUAUUUUAACGUCACUCUGAAUAUUAUGUCGGGAAGGAAAUGUGAAAUAAAAGCAUCUAACUGUUAAAAAUGA